UCUUCAUCUUCCAUGGCUUCACAUCUGUCUCUUCAUCUGCCCCACUUCUCCUACUACACACAAGCUUUCCAGUCAUAUAAUGGAUGGGAUUGGAAGACAAAUUCAAAUGCAACCCACUGUUCAAAGUUCCAUGGGAGGCAGCAAGGGAAUCAUUUCUCGGCAAAGAAGAGCAAUACACUUGGAUUAUGGUUUGCUGGUUACACUUCUUCAAAAGGUAGCUGUUUAUGCUAUGUUGAAAACAGCAAUCGAAGUGGAGAUUUUGCUCUCUCAAGAACGUCAUAACAAUCCAUCCCCAGUUAGAAAGAUCUUGACUCAAGAGACAGAUUUGUUAGAGGAGUUCAUUGAAAGUCAGUUGAAAUUGAGACAUUCAGAUUUGGUACAAUGGUUCAGAGUGGUGGAACUUCCACGGAUAGCAGGAUUUUUCAUUCCAUUGUUAAAAAAGUGGUCUAUGGAGUAUGCAGGAAGUGGUGUUGCAGGAAUUAUUAUGGCUAUAAGCUGCUGUGCUGCAGUAGAGAAAUUGGGUUCUGAACUUACCUCUUGCCCCUUAUCUAAAAUGUCAAUAAGCGAUGUUCUAGUGGAGCUUAUGAAUCUUUCACAUAGUAAUGUGUCGGUUGACAAAUUACAUCAGUUAGCUACUUUGGCAGGAUUUGAAAUUCAUUUCCUGUCACACUUUGGUGCAAAUUUUCUGUCGAGCAAGAAGAGUGAUGAACUAGAAUUUUGGAUAGGGUUGGCUCAGAGAAAACUCUCAGUAGCUUUCUGCAAAGAAACCAUGAUUCCAGGCAAACUGGCAUUUAAUAGCAAGGUUCAAGCAGAUAGGUUGGCAACUUUGGGACUUUUUGCAUAUCUAGGAAGGAAGACUAGAUUAUUUUUGUCACAGUUGCGCAUAAAUGAUCUUGAUGAGCUGCUGAAGGACUUCCUGAGAUACUACAAGAGGUGUACUGCUUUGGCUGCAGCUACUUGGAGUGUGGCAGCCUCUUCAUUUACCCAGAGUUCUCUUCCAUAUCAGUUUACCAAUUCUUCAUGGAGCCGCUCAGCUCAGCAGCCCUUAGAUUCUGAAUUGUUAGCAUUCUUGCUCCGCAGGUAG